AUGGCCUAUUAUGUAGCUCAUGAUAGAGUUUUUAUUAACAAUAACAAGAGAUCAACUGGCUUGAAUCCCAUAAAAACCACCAAUUCGUUGGGAUUAAAUAAGAAUUUUUUUCAACAGAAUUUUAGACCAACCAGUUUGCAUGCUAUUAAACAUGAUUCCAAUUACCUGUUAGGUUCUUCAAUUGUUAACUUGAACUUUGUCAACAAUGUAUCCAAUCCUAAUAGAGGCUUUGAAGGUUGUCGUAACAUUCCUAUUACGAAAAAGUCUUUCUGCCAAGGAGUCAAUUUAAAUGAUUCCAAGUAUCCUUCUGCGAUUAACCAUUAUCCUCUCUUACCAAAUGUUAGUAAUCAUGAACAUAUGUACCCCUUUGAAAACUAUACUUAUUACAAGCCCCUUCCCGAAUAUUGCCCUCAUACACCAAAGAACAAUCUAAAUUUUGGUGACAGGAUAAUAAGUAUGGGAACCACCGAUUCCAUAGAGUUCAAACAAUGCGAUGAUAGUAAUGAUUCCCAAGAUCCCAUAAUAACAAGAAAUUAUUUAUCAAAUUUACAAAAUGAUCAAAACAACGAAGUUAACGAAGAAAUUCCUGACGAUUCUCCUCUGAGGGAAAACAACCACGAUUUCAAAUGUGUGAGUGACUCCAGGAUCAAUGAACGAAAAAGCAAAUUGGAUGAGUACUUGGAAAAAUCCAAAACACUAAAGGAUAAGACUGAUAAUUCUCACAAAACUGUUAAAAUAACUUCUGGAAAACCUACAUACGAGUUUGUUGCCAAGUAUCCGGACCCUGUGGAGAAAGAGCUGGAGAGGUGGCACAACUCUCACAAUUCAACACUAAAAUGGGAGAGGAUCAGACAUGGAUUGUAUUCGGUUGGAGGAUCAAUAGUACGGCUAGUAAAAGUGAAUGGAAGUUUGUUUGUAGAAGGUCAUGGAUUUAAAAAAUACAAGGGACAAUUGGGGAUCCAAAAAUUUGUGGAGGAAAAGGAAUCCAGGCUACUAAGGGAAUGA